AUGACCGUCGGAGGACCGAUCCGGCACGAGUCGGCUGAACGCGUACGCGCCAUGAAAAGCGGGAUCGACAAUGAGCCACGAGGAUCGUAUGAGAAUUUCCGCUUGGGGACGACCCAGUGGCAAUUUCCGUCUGGUCCGCAGGCCGAGCGCGAGUUAGGUCCCUCGUCGCGGUUGCGAACCGCCCCGGAUCGAGUCCCCGAGACAACCCCUGCUAGUUUCGCCCAGGUUCGAGUCGCGAUCGGAAAAAAAAAGGAGCAGAAGCAAAACGAAAAUGGAAAGGUUGCAGAUUUGCCCUUUGGAGAAUAUGGCUGGGUCGAGUUUGAGCAAGAAGGCGCAAUUAACCCAUCCGUCCCCGGCGAUGCAAAAUUGGAUGAUGGGGAUGGAGAAAAGUUUGGAGUGGAUCAUGUGGACAAGGACGAGUGCGCAUCAAGCGACUGGCGAGAAUGA